AUGGCAGAAAUGAAGCCGAUCAAAGUGCUGGGAGUCCACGGACCUAAUGCUGGCAAGAUUGUUCUCCUCUGUGAAGAAUUGGGACUCCCUUAUGAGACGGAAAUCAUCCCUCUUACCGACGUCAAGAACCCAAACUACGUCGCUAUCAACCCCAACGGGCGAUUGCCAUCUAUCCAGGACCCAAACACAAACCUCACUCUCUGGGAAUCGGGUGCUAUCAUCGAGUACCUAACCGAAACUUAUGACAAGGACCACAAGCUUAGCUUCACGUCUGGCACAGCUGAAGCCUACCACGCUCGCCAAUGGCUCUUCUUCCAGGCGACCGGCCAGGGACCGUAUUACGGCCAGGCGAUGUGGUUCAUCAUCUAUCAGCCACUUCCCGAAGCUCGCGAGCGCUAUGUCAAAGAGGUUAACCGUGUGACCAGCGUUCUGGAAGGACAUCUGGCUAAGCAGAAGCCUGACGCGGAUGGAAACAUUUGGUUUCUAGGUGGUCGGCUCUCGUAUGUGGAUGUCGCGUUCUUCACCUGGCAGCAUACGGCUGAACCGCGAAUUCCGAACGAGGAGUUUAAUCAGGAUGAUUACCCGCAUGUUAAGAAGUGGGCGGAGAACAUGCUUAAGCGCCCGAGUGUGCAGAAGGUCUUGAAGCUCCAGGAGGCUAAAUAG